GUAUCGAUGAUAUCUUUCAAAACGUAAAUAAAUAGAUUUGUUGAAAUUAAAAAUAUUUAGCAAAAUUAUAAUUGAUAAUGUCGCAUCCAAACACAACACGCCGUAAACACGUGCUCAAGGAAAUGAUGGAGGACGACUACGCGUUACCAACAGAGCAGCAACAAAUUGUGCGCGUUAUAAGUAGCAGAGGCAAUAAUUUACACGAGGUGGAGUCUGCCACAGAGGCGGAUAACUUUCUGGUUUCCAUGCCCAACAAGUUUCGCAAGAAUGUUUGGGUAAAGCGUGGAGAUUUCAUACUGGUGGAGCCCAUAGAGGAGGGCGACAAGGUAAAAGCGGAAAUAUGCAAGAUACUAACGCCAGAGCAUAUCAAAGAAUAUACAAAAGCAGGCGUUUGGCCACAGCAAUUCGCCAAGAAAACAGAGCAGAGCGAGCAAAGCGACUCCGACUCUGAUGAUUCAUUGACGCCCAAUACCAAUCGACCGCAGCAGCAAGAGGAGGAAUCUGAGGAUUCAGAGACAGAGGAAAGUAGCGCGGAAGACUGACAGUACAAACGCAUUUGUUUGUGCAUUACAAAAUUGUUAAGCUUUGUAUAUUUUUAACGUAUUUUCCACUCAAAAAGUUGUUCAACAAAAAUCGUGUCUUUACUACAUAAGUCCAUAAAUUAAACUGAAAAA